UUUUUUUUUUUUUUUAAAAAAAAAAUAAAACUCAUCUAAUCAAUAUAAUGCCAAAGAAAUCAACCAAACGUACACAUUUAAGAACAACAGAAGAAACGAGAUACAACAUUUGUGAAGAUUACUUUGCACGAUUCAUGACAGUAAAGAAGAUUUGUCAAAAGUAUCGAAUGGCAGACACAACCGUACGUGGUAUUUUAGAACGUAAUCGAGUGGAAGAUAGAAUUGCUUACAAGUCGCGUGGAGGUGCUCGUAAUACGACUCAAUUUAAACAGGAGCAUACACAUUUUAUUAGGGAUAUGAUGGAUAUGGAAGAUGAACAAAACAUAGUAUCUUUGGAAGAAAUACAAAAAAAGUUAUUAGAACGUUUUCCAAAUGAUUUUUUUGUAGCAUCAUCAUCAUCAUCAUCAGCGUCAUCAGCGUCAUCAGCGUCAUCAUCAUCAUCAGCGUCAGUAACACCUACCUUAUCUGCCUUACAACGUCAUAUUGAUAAAAACUUACAAUUAACAAUGAAAAGAGUAAUGAGUCCACUACCGGCUGAUGUCAACAUAAGUCAUAUUCAUCAACAAAGACUGGCAUAUUGUAAUCAUUUACAAGCAAACCAAUUUGAUUAUUUAACGAAUUGUAUAUUUAUUGGUGAAAGUGAGUUUAAUGUCUGUAUGGUGCCGGCAAGACUAAGAUUAAAACGAGGUAAAAAAUCAGAUGCAAUGCUGUCAAAGACAAGAAGAGGCAAGACAAUUUCAAUUCUUGGCGCCAUUAGUUCAAAUAGAAUAGAAUGUUUACAAGCUAUCGUUGUCGAUAGACCCUCAGAUCAAGCCAUGUACGAGGAUUUUAUGACUGAAUACUACUUCAACAAUACAUCAUCAUUAUAUCCUUUUACCGCUUUAUAGUAGAUUGUUGAGUCCAAUCGAACCAUGUUUUCAGUCUUUAAAAAAUUUUAUUUGUCGAUCCCCUAGUGCUCAAAAAGAGGAUCUAUUCCAAUUGAUUAAAAAUGCUGAAAAUAAUAUUUCAAAGGAAACGUGUACCAGUUGGACACAAGAAAGUCUUGAUCAUCUUAAAAAAUGUUUACAAGGUGAAUCUAUUAUAAUUACGUAAUCCUACUAAUAAUAAUAAUAAAGUAUGUAUAAUAUAACUAAAAAUGUUAAUAAAAUUAUUAUUAUGUUACAGUAAUAUUAC